GUGCGCUCUGCACCCCAAACCCACCCCGUGGGACGGGGGGAACACGGGGGGGACACGGCCGGGGGGUGACACCGGAGCUGAUUUUGGGGUCCAUUCACAGGUCAUUGUCAUGUCCGGCCAUGAGACCAUCCGGGUGCUGGAGGUGGGGGUGGAUGGGGACCCCAAAAGCGCCGGGGAGGGAGCGGGGGGGUCCCCGGGACAGGGGGGCCCCCCAGGAGUGGAGGACGCUCCCGGCAGCACCCCGAGCUCGUCCAGCGGGGACACAGCAGGCAAACCCAAAGCACCAUCACCUGUCCCCGCUGUCCCCUCGAGCCACGCCCCGAGCCAGCCCGCGGUGACACACCUGGCCGUGCAGGCCACGCCACAGGUGUUGGCUCAGGAAAGCUUAGCCACAGGUGUGACAGGAGUAAUGGUUCCGGCAGGGCCCGUUACUCAACCUCUUCUUAUCCCCAUCAGUAUUGCAGGUCAGGUGACAGGCCAGCCGGCGCUGGCCCUGGUGACAAUUCCCACAGCAACGCUGGCCGCCGCCGCGCUCCCGGGACUGACGCCGGCGGCACCCGCGGGGGCGCUUUUCAAAGCCAAUCUGGCAGGUAACCGCAG